UUGCCAAUUUGACCAGCAGUCCCUUCUUAUUGGUUAAAGCCCCCAACACAAACAGUUUACAGAAUACAGUACUCACUGCAUCUCUCCUCCAAAUACAAGAAUAUCCAUUAAAUUGCUGGAAAAAGUAGUACAAUGUCCAACUCUAACAUGUCUCCAAUCUUUCCAAUGCCUCAUCCCCAGCACUACCUCCUCACUGACUAUGGCUUCAACCCCCAGUUCCACUAUUUCCAGGUGUUAGAAGAAGCAAGGAAGCAGAAGAAGGAAAGGGUAGCAGCACCAACAGCUCAGCAAUUCAAAAAGAAGCACAGCAGCUCCUCCAGAUCGAAACGGUGGCUGAAAAAUGCAUUCCGCUUCAUCAGGGCUAAAAUAACACACUGGCCUGUUCACCAAACCAAUCAGGAGCUUCAUGAUCUUGGCAGCAGAGUCUACCAAGUACGUGCCGCCUUAUCAGGCCCAUUGUACACGACAGAAAGCAGAAGCAAGUCUGCGACGCCUUACAGGACCAGCAGAAGCCGCUCAGCUUCAGGCCUAAAUUUCACGACAAAAGAUAAAACUAUACCGUACAUCAAUCUCAGGGAACUUAACAUGGACCAGCAUCCUCGGAGAUCAAAUACAGCUUCUCUGCCUAUCUAUUUAGUCACCUAGCUAGUAGUAUCUUUUUUCAUAAUUAAGGUACAUUAUAGUGAUGCAGUUUUAGUACUAGAUAGAUCAUAAUCCUGAUUGUUCAACUCUUUUGUCUCUGUGAACAACUGUAAGUUUUAACAUUAUCAAAUGCAGUUUAGCCUGAUUGGGAAUAA